AGUAUUGGAAAAAUAGGAAAAAAAUACAUUUAUUAACACUUACGGAUGAUGUAUUGGAUGAAAUGUCCCCUUCUAGUCAUUACAACAAAAUAUAAGGACCUCGGUUGUCUUUUUGAAAAUAGAGGGACCUGAAAGUUAUUUCGACAAAACUCGCGUCACCCGCGAGUAAUAUUCUGUCAUUAACAGGUAAAUGUUUUGCUGCUCAGGAAAAGUAAUUUGGAGGUGGUCUGAUUUAGGAUCUCUCAAAAUAUUUUUUCACUCUUCCGAAAAUUGAAAUUGUAAAGGACUUCAAACAUCCAUUAGCCAAACCUUGCUUUGUUUGGACCUUUGUUUUGUUUACUUUGUAGGUAGCUCUAGCGGUUUGUAAUUCUAUAUUUAUUUUCUUUAAAUUGAAUUAAGCAAAAUUUGUGUUUGAGAAUUUUGAGUCAAUAAAAUUCAUUACAGUUGUGUCAGGUACUGACCCUAUUCCACCAUCUACCCUGAGCCCCUUAUGAAUUUGAGAACUAUUGCUAGCCCUUUUAUUGCAUUUGCACAUGUUGAUGCUAAAAUUGGAAAUAUGGGUCAAGAUGUUCUUGUGAAACAUUCUGGUUCUUUAUGGGUUGUUUUUCAGGUAAAACACUAUGAUUUGUUAAUUAUUUGUUUCUAGUUUGUAGGUUAUUUUAAGUAUGUGACAGCUUGUGUUACUAGACAACACUUUAGCAUGUAUAAAUUCUAACACGGUAGAGGUGCUGUUUGUUUAAAUUCUAUUUAGUAUUGUUGUUAAAACUAUCAUAUUUUCCAAGUCAUGGCGGUUUUUGUCCUCUUCGACUUACAUCAUAUCAUUAUGUUUUUCCUUCUCUUGUUUGACAAAUGCUGUCAUUUUCAAUUAGUUAAUUCAUUUAACAGUUUGAAUUAUCAUGUAUGAAGAUGCAAGCUUAUGAUUUGUUCUCUCCAAAGAUGGCUGAAGAACAGAAUUGAGCCCCAUCUGUCUCUGAGCCAGUAUUGAAGAAGCAGAAGAGGGAACAGGAGUGGGCGUUGGCGUAGAAACAAGAGAUUGAUGUUAUCAUGAAGAAAAAUCCGGCCAAGCCGAAGAUUAUUUUCAAGAGAGCUAAGCAGUAUGUCGAGGAAUACAAAAAACAGGUACGAUUACGCUUCAUAACUCAAUUGCUACCACUACUACGUUCUGAACUUAAUUGUUACCACCAACAGUUAAACUCGCAACUCAAUUGCUACCUUUACUACGGUCCGAAUGUUACCACCAACAGGUACGACUACGCUACAGUUAAACUCGGAACUCAAUUGCUACCACUUCUACAGUCCGAACUUAAUUGUUACCACCAACAGGCGCUUCCGGAACAUGUUCAUGGUUGUUUUCCGGAUAACACAGUUGUUACCCUUCAUUUCAACCGAUGGCCGCACACUUUUGAAGUAAAGGUUCAAGCAUGCAGCCAUGACAAUAUGUUCUUUAGGGAAUCAUCCUGUGGAGUACGCCAAAUACGUGGCGAAAAAGAAGGGACGAAAAGAAGUACAAUCCCAUAUUUCUCGGUUUGAAAACAGAGGGAUUAGAAGCAAUGGGGGGGUUGACGAAUAUUAGAAGUGGAAUUAAAAAGAUUUGGGGUAG